AUGGCAGACGAGGGUCCAGUCCAGAACCUCUGUGAGGAAACAACAUGUUCCAUCUGCCUGGAGUAUUUCACAGAUCCAGUGAUCAUAGACUGCGGCCACAUUUUCUGCCAAAGCUGCAUCACCGAGGUUUGGGGGAAAUCGGACCAAGAUGCUUCUUGCCCUCGGUGCAGGGAACCUUGUCAGCAAAGGAAUUUCAGGCCCAACCGGCAACUGGCCAGCAUUGUGGAAAUAGUCAAGAAAUUCAGCCUUCAGAUGGCCAGAGGGGCGGAAGCACUGGGAAGGGUUUGCGAGAGACACCAGGAGCCCCUGAAACUCUUCUGCGAAGACGACCAAGCCCCCAUCUGUGUGGUGUGCGACAAAUCCAAGGAGCACAGGGACCACAAGGUGAUCCCAAAGGAGGAGGCCUUUGAGGAGUAUCAGGUAGGGAGCUGUAGGACUGGGGACCAGACUUCCAAGGGAUGCUCAGUUAUUCUAGGGAUGGGGGAAAAUAUUUCAGCCUGAGGGCUGCAUUUUUCUCCAGGCGACAUUUGGGUGGGGUGUAUGGGUGGGUGUUUAUGUCCCAAACGCUGCUAGUUAUUGGGGCCUGAGGCAAAAGCGGACAGAGCAACGCUUGAAAAUUUCACCUUUUUGCAGUAGGCUAGUUCCUACAAACGCUCUCAUUGCCGUCUCCGUUCGCCAUCUAAGUAAGUGGAAAGCAUUAGUGGAGUUCAGGGACACAUUCUAGCCAGGCAAAAAAGACUUGAGGAGGAUGUGAACUGGAGCUGGCGAAUGUUGCAGCCUGGGGAGAGGCCAGAUAGUGAGGCCUGCAGCUCCUAUCUUGUACAGUGGUACCUUGGUCUAUAAACAGUCCUGUUAAUGAACUAUUCGGGCAACGAACUCCGCAAAACAGGAAGUAGGUGUUCCAGCCUAGUGAACUUUGCCUCGGAAGGCGAAUGGAGGCCAAACAGUGGAAGGGCAUCAGCAGCAGGAAGCCUCAGUAGGGAAAGCGCGCCUCAGUUUAAGAACGCUUUGGUUUAAGAACGGACUUCCAGAACGAAUUAAGUUCGUAGACAGAAGUACCACUGUACUGAGCAUUCAGUAGUAGGAAUAUUCGCAAGAAGUUCCAAGGGAACUUGAAAAGUUCUCAUUUCAACCAUCUCCCAUCUUUUCCUGCCCCAGGAGCCCAGAGAACUAUCAGGGCAGGGAAAUGCUGGAAGGCUGGUCUGAGGGCCAUAGCUCAACAGCAGAGCUUCUGCUUUGACUGAAGAAGGUCCCAGGUUCAUUCCUUAGCAAUAUUAUGUAGGGCUGGGGACAGCCUUUGCCCCAAAGCAACUUUCUGUCAGUAUAGGAAACAGACCAGAGGUCUGACUCUGUAUGAGCCAGCCUUGUGGAAGCAUUUGAUGUUCCCUAGGUCCCAGCAGUUUCCCAUUUUCGCUAGUCCCAGAAUUUAUGUUGGGAAACAGAUGUUAUGCCCACCAUUUCUGGGGGUACUCAGCUGUACAGGCACCUUUCCACGCCAAAUGUUAAAAGUGUGGCACUUCAUGGUGAAUACUGCAAGCUUUUUUAAAGAAAGAAAGAAAGAAAGAAAGAAAGAAAGAAAGAAAGAAAGAAAGAAAGAAAAGAGCAAGUUCUGAAUAGGGUUGUGCACCAGCCACAAACUUUGGUUCGUACCCAGUUUAACUUUAGAAACGCGCAUGGUUUGGUGCAGAAAAUGUGAGAGGGUGACUGACUUGGCCAGCGGCGUAGCGUGGGUUGUCAGCACCCGGGGCAAGGCAAGUAAUUUGCGCCCCCUAACCCGGGGCAAGGCAAGUAAUUUGCGCCCCCUAACCCCUAACCUGCAGUCGCUGCCAGCUUCUUCUUGCUGCUGCCUGGGCUGGUCUGGUGUGGUUCUCUCCCGCGCUCAGCGCUGCGCUGGGCGGCCGCUGCACUGUCCCUCCCCCAGAUAGUCCCUCGCUCUCUCUCCGCACCGCACGCCUGGCACCCACCCCUCCACAGUGGGCGGCGACCCAGCGGCUCGGAUCGGAUUCGCACAGCCAGCACUGCAGUGAGAGAGAGUGAGUGAGCCAGGUAGGGGCAGAGAGCUGCGAGUGCGAGCGCCCCCCCCAGAUGUUGCGCCUGGUGCGGCCGGCCCCCCCUGCACCCCCCACGCUACGCCACUGGACUUGGCCCAGGAGCCGAAUCUCAUACAGAUACUCUGUUUUGUGCAAACCUGGUAUAUGAGAAAACAUUUUAUCUCUUACACUGUGUCCCCAUAAUUUUGAUCCCCCUUGUUUCCCCCAUAUUUAAUCAGAAUAUUAAAUAUUAGCUUUAUAAAUAUGCAUAUAUUUAAUCUAAUUCUUCAUUAAGAAUGGAAGUUUCCUAGAAGCUGCACGUAGACCCUUUUCAACCUUCGUGUUCUUGGUUUCUGGAACAGACACGACUGUUACAGUUUAUAUCUGUGCUGCCAAAACUAACCCAAAUGCCUUUUCGGCCACCCCAGGGUAAAAUUCUGCAUCAUUUGGAGUUCCUGAACAAACAGAGAGAAGAAAUUCUGUCUUCUAAACUGAAGGGGGAGAACGAAAGCCAGAAUCUGCUGGUAGGUGCAAACCUUCUUGCCUCUCCAGGAUGGUUAUACUUGACAGAGUGAGGCCUUAAUUCUUCGCUUGCACAGUGUCCCAGGUUUGAUCAUUGGCAUUAUCAGUUAAAUGGAUAUUGGGUGGUAGAGUUGGGAAAGGUCUCUGCUUCAGACCCUGAAGAGCAGCUGCUUGCAAGGCUAGACAACAUUCAGCAGGACAGGCUAAAACUGGUAGGGCUGUCUAGGGGCGAAUGUAGUCCUUGACUCCAAAAAUGUCCACCCAUGCCAGCAUUAAUCCUUUAAGAAUGAACCCCACAAAGCCAGUCUUCCUCCUCCUCCUUCUCGUCACUUCCUCACGGCCCUACUAUUAGGCAGGUGGCCAAGGCAGGAUGAAGAUACCAACAAAUGGAGAGCAGCAGCAGCAGCAGCUUAAUAGAUCGGUAGGUGAGCAGCAGGAAAAUACUGAGGACCGAGCCAAGCAAAGAGGCCGUGUCCUGCUAAGCCAGCCUGCCUGCCGCCCUCAGCUGUGACUGAACUUCUGUACCAUUGUGAGUGUUGAAGUAAACAUCAGCUGCCCUGCCAGUCAGCUUGCGCAUAUGGAAUCAAAGGGACAUCUAAACGUUUUUGUCUGGCCAUGACUCUCUCCUUGCAGAAGCAGACAGACAUGGAGAGGCAGAAAAUCAUGGCUGAUUUCCAGCAGUCGCACCAGUUUCUGGAAGAACAAGAGCGCCUCCUGCUGGCUCAACUGAAGGAACUGGACGAUGGGAUUAAAUCCUGUGAGGACCAACAUAUUGCAAAACUCUCUGAGGAAAUGUCUUCUAUUGACGACCUUAUUAAGGAGCUGGAGGAAAAGCAGAAACAGCCAGCGACUGAAUUCUUGCAGGUAAGAGUACGACAAAAUACUCCAGGUUGUCCUCUGGGGAAGGGUUGUACUCCCAACCACUCUGUCUGUUAGUUUAUAGAAGUAUUCAUAGUAGGGAUGUGCACUGGCCACACAUUUUGUUCAAAACUGUGAUUUGGAGCUUCAACAAACUAGUCAUGAUUCAGGUUGACCAAUGCAAAGGCUUCCCUGUUCUGCUUCUGGGUCCUGGUCUCCUUCCUUCCCCAGCUUCAAUACUUGGUAAUUUUAAAACAUCUCUUACUCCCCAUCCUCCCAUUUCAUAGAAGUGGAUGAAAUUUGUAGGCAAAGCCGCUCCUGCAGUAUGGAUGAAGCCUGCCAAAUUACAAUGGAUCCAGGGAGUUUUUGUGCUAGCAUUGGCAAUGGCACCAGCAACACUGGCCGGUUGAGUUCUCCCUCUACCCAGUUCAAACAUACCCGCGCUGUUGUGUAUAAAGCAGUAUACAUCAUGAGCGGUAGCAAGUUGACAUCUGCUCUCAGGCUGGCGGCACCAGUGGUGGGAGCCAGCAGCAGAGCAUAGCCUGGGAUCACUUGGAGUUGGCAGAAGAUCCCAGGUGUGCCAUCUGUCUGCAUUUCAGGAAGAAGCAUAACUGGGGGGUGUUCUGGGGCAGAGAGCUCCCCUCUCAGUCUCAAACGAGGAUUGCCAUGUUUCCUGGAAAUCAUGGACAUGCCCUCUUUUGGGAGGCCUACAUGCCCAUCCAGGGGGAUUUUCAAAUUUAGAAACAAAUGUCUGGGCUUUUGCAGUUUUUUAAUAAAGCAGCUGGAGGAGAAACAGAAGCCGCCAGUGGCUGAAUUCUUGCAGGUGAGCGAUGGCACAAUGAAACCGUCCAGGUUGUCCUCUGGGGAAGGGCUGUUCAUUGGUCUGUAGAAGUAUUUACAGUGGUACCUCGGGUUACAGACGCUUCAGGUUACAGACUCUGCUAACCCAGAAAUAGUACCUCAGGUUAAGAACUUUGCUUCAGGAUGAGAACAGAAAACGCGUGGCAGCAGGAGGACGCCCCAUUAGCUAAAGUGGUGCUUCAGGUUAAGAACAGUUUCAGGUUAAGAACGGACCUCUGGAAGAAAUUAAGUACGUAACCAGAGGUACCACUGUAGAAGUAUUUACAGUAGGCGUGUGCACUUCAGUAUUUGGUUGAUAUAUAAAGAAAAGGGGAAAGUAAUAAACUGCUGGAGGCAACUGGUGCAAGGAACUGAAUUUCUCUCAUUCUGUCUCUUCCAUCUAGAAUAUGAGAAGCAUCCUGGAAAGGUAUGUGGCUUUGUUAUGAAUAUGAAAAUGAAUAAUAUGAAUUUCCUUGCUCAGAGGUAAGGGAUAAUUUGAUUUGGUCUAUACUUUUAUGUGAACCAAUCUACUUCACAGUUUACAGACCAAUAAACAGAUCAGAAAACAGUUACCAAUCUGAUUGCACACUUUUACAAAUGUUGUGAUGCAUUUUUUAUCCAAAACUGUAUAUCUCGUGCGGUGAAAUUUACAAAAAGCACAUUGGGGGAUGCAUAGACCAGCAUACAAAAAUGGAUAGGAUUUUUUUGGAGGGGUGCAUAUAAAAUGCAUAUUUUAGAAAGAAGUGAUGAUAUUUUUUCAUCUACUGUAUACUUCAUAGCAGAGAUGGUGAUGGUGGUGGAUUAUUAGAUUUCUUAUUUGCCCUUCACUGUCAGGUUCCAGGGCAGCUUGUGAAUUAAAAUACAAUAUUAAAAAUAGUUAAAACAAAUUACAAUCCAAGAAAACUGGGUGGGUCCUAAAAUACAUCUCCUAGAUGACAAAGGCCAGGGUAAAGAGAGGCUCUUAUUAGUUACUUGUGUGCAAACAUAAUUUGUUGGAGAAAAUAUUCAUUAAGGUUGUGCUCCAGAUUCACCUGGAUCCUCUACCAAAUUGGGCCAAUUUAUACCCUGUUCUGAUCAGGCAGAAGCAGCAACAAAUCACAACUUAGUUAACCAGGUGUUUCUGACCCAGCUGUAAUUUUUAACAUGGUAUGGUAUGCAAUGUGUGUGUCAAAAUUUCAGACAGAUAGUUUGAAAAUAUUUCUGCAUCUUAACUGUAAAGUUUGGUUUUUAAAAAAAUAAAAGAGAGGUAAAAUAGAUUACGGAUUGAUCAUUUAUAUGUAAAUGUUAUAUGAAAAAAAUGUUUAUGUAAAUUUACACUUUAUCCCCUCCCCCCCCCAUUAUACUUCAUUUUCCCGUUUGCAAUAGGUCUUUGUAAUGGACACAGGGCAGACAAUACCAUUCGCUGCUAUCACAGGGCUCAUCCACACUUCUGCCUUUCCUGUGAUUUCUAAGCAAAGGUCUCAGAGGCUUUUCUUUUGUCCCGCCGCUUUUCCUGGGAAAACCUGCUGCUUACCACAGAAUUGGAAGAAACAUAAAUCCGCAGAAAACCCAAUAAAUGUUUGCUUCUAUUUUGCUGUCAAUCCGCAGAAAACCCGAAUGACCUUUGUUCCGAUUCAGCGGUAAACAGUGGGGACUUUCGUGGGGAAACCAGGGGGAAUGAAAGAAAAACCUGUCAUGGACAAGCCCUUGGUAUAUUCCUGCUGUUCCCACUUUUCUCCUUCAUUCUGACGACUGAAUUAAGAUUGACUUGAAAAUGACCAGAUGGAUCACAGUAAACCUCACUUGCUUCUUCCUAGGUGUAAUAAAAAUAAAAAUAAAACCAUAGAUGCAAUAGUUUUUCCUCCUGGAUUAAAAGAGCACAUAGAUAAAUUCUCUAGAAUGCAUCCUUUUUUGGAGAAGGCGACCAAGAAAUUCAAAGGUAACAAACAUUAUUGUGUGUUAGAUGUGGGAUAGAUGUGGGAUAGAUGAUGACUGAUGAUAGAUAGAUAGAUAGAUAUCAAUAUAGUUGCAUGUCAUGCCAAUUUCCAAACAGUGAAUAUUCCAGGGGUCCCAGGCUGCUUCGCCAGGGUUUGAGUUUCCUAUUGGCAAAUGAGGCACAGCAAAGACUGUGGUGUCUUUAGGAUAUAUGGUUUAUUUACACAUACAGUGGUACCUUGCGUUAAGUACUUAAUUCGUUCUGGAGGCCUGUUCUUAACCUGAAACUGUUCUUAACCUGAAGCACCAUUUUAGCUAAUGGGGCCUCCUGCUGCUGCCACGCCGCCAGAGCACGAUUUCUGUUCUCAUCCUGAAGCAAAGUUCUUAAUGUGAGGUAAUAUUUCUGGGUUAGCGGAGUCUGUAACCUGAAGCAUAUGUAACCUGAAGCGUAUGUAACGCGAGGUACCACUGUAUAUACAAUCUGAGCCUACAACUGAGCGGUUCAUAGCACAGACACCCCAAGACAGUCUUAUUUUUCCACAGCCACAGCCUUGGAUUCAAAACAGGAAUCAAGCAUUGUGCUCUGAUUCUCUUUAUGGCUUGCUGGGAUUCAGCCGUCAGAAACAGUUUUUGGGCAGCAAUCACUGAAAUGGCAACUCACGUUGAAAAUGUACAUUUUGGCAAAUUGUUAUUAAAAUAGCUCCAAAAAAAAAAAGAAAAGUUCAACCAUUUUCUUCAAAAAGGUCAAUAACAUUUGUGUCCAGACUUUCACUUUUUGAAAUAUGGCAACCCUACCACAAGGAAAACCAAAAAAGUUAUGUCCCAAUCAAAGCAGGAAAAUAUAGUUUGACAUAUCUGCUCAGUGCAUCGGGGUCUGGUUUUAAAUUUCUCCCUCUUAACUUUAAAAGAGAAUGGGAACCAUUUACAACAUAUAUGAGGAGGCAACAUAAAGAAAUGGACUCAUUGGCAGGGUUUGAGUAAACAAUCACAACUGUAUACAAUGAAAAAUGAGACUAUAUGUAUUGAGAAAUUUUGGGGGAAAUAAUACGCAGGGUGAACAAUAUGGAAAUAAAACAAAAUGGGAGUAUGAGGGAAGUCCAGGGGAGGAGGGUCAAAAUAUGAAAAAUUGUUAAAAAUAUAUUGUUAGAAGUGGUAUACAUGGAAAAAUCAAUAAAAAUGAUUUAAAUAAAUAAAAUAAAUAAAUUUCUCCCUCUUUCUUCUUCAUAACAGAGUCCCUGGAAGAAGUACAGAAUAAGGGUAAUAUUCUGGGAUUUAAUGAGAUGGGAGGAUUUUGAAGGGAGGGGGUGCUUGGGUAAGACCAAGAAGGGGUAUUUGUGCUAAUGGCAAGGGUUCACAUCUGACAAGCAAACAAAUAUUGGUACAUUCUGUAUAGCCCUUAAUGAAAUUCUCUUCAAUAUCAAAGAUUCUCCUUGAUAAAAGUUAACAUGAGAUGCAGAAGAGGCUCUUUAUUAACAACUGGUAGGGCAGUGACUGUGCCCCGGCAGUCUUCAGAGCUAAGGCCCACAUUCUCUCAUUUGCAGAUGGUCGUUUGUUCCAAUUUAUCACCAAAGAGCAGGUUUUCCCUGAGAAAGCAGAGAGGCAAAGGCAAAACCGCUCAGAGCCAUGCCUGGGAAGCACAGGGCAAGCCCAAAACCACCCAGAUGCAUCCUUUCUAGGCAUGGGACAAAUGGAAGGGUUGACAAGCCUUUAGCUGAGCAUUUAUUAAGGGCACCUCACAAGCAAUAAAAUUUCUUCUUCUUGCAGCUGACUCGUUGCUACUCUCCUCAAGGACAGAGAGUGUGCAACAAGAUGAAGGGAGAAGUUACUCAAGAAAACUCCAGAGGGUAUCAUCAGGUACAUUGCUGUGUUACUUACUUAUAGGGGGGUUUGUGUGUGUAAACGAGAGAGAGAGAGAGAGAGAGAGAGAGAGAGAGAGAGAGAGUUGGUGACGGGACAUAUAUGUGUCUGUGGGUGGGAUAUACCGUAUUUUUCACUCUAUAGGACACACUUUUUCCCCUCCAAAAAUUAAGGGAAAGUGUGUGUGCGUCUUAUGGAGCGAAUGCAGGAUCCUUGGCUUCAGUGAUAGCAACGCGAAGCCUCCGAAGCGCAGUGGGAACGCUCCCUCCACGCUCCGGAGGCUUCACGUUGCUUUUGCUGAAGCCUGGAGAGCGAGGGGGGUCGGUGCGCACCAACCCCUCUCAUUCUCCAGGCUUCAGGGAUAGCCGCCUGAAGCCUCCAGAGCGCAGCAGGAACUCCCGCUGCACUCCUGAGGCUUUGGGUUGCCUUCACUGAAGAUGAAGGCAAUGUGGGAGAGGGAGACCUGCGCAGCACCCCUUCAGUGAAGCGGGAGGAGAAAUGGAAGGGGCUCCGUUUCUCCUGCCGCUUCGCUGAAGGGGCACUGCGCAGAGAGCGGGAGAAUUUUUUUUCUUGUUCUCUCCCUCUAAAACAAGGUGCGUCCUAGGGUCAGGUGCGUCCUAUAGAGCAAAAAAUAUCGUAGAAAGAAAAUGCUAGAAAAGUAUGUUUGCAGGUUGCCAGUAAGCCGAGGCGCCAAGGUCUGCCCAACAUGGGGGAGGGGGCACCUUGUUGCAUGCUUGCUCAUGAUGUCAGAAGUGCAACACGCAUAUGUGAUGUCACGUAAGUCAGGAGGAGGCCCUGUGGGGCUCUCCGCCAUUGUGGGGAGAACUGGUGGAGCCUGCCACCACCACAGGGAAGCCCAUCAGGACUGCCGCCGUGGCCCAGCCUCUCAAGGUUGGGAGGCUCAGCCCCAUCCCCACAGACUUUGGGGGGGCUGAGGUGUCCUCAUUGCCAUAGAGUUGGUGCUUGUGCUGGUACGAAGCCUUGAGUCUCCUCUGGCAGAGGCAUCAGAGCCAGUGCUCAUGCUCCCUUUCUCCUGCCCACCCCACCACUUGUAGGCAGUGGCGGAGGAACCCUCUCCGGCACCUGGGGUGGGACGCCGAGGGACGGGGCAAACCGCCCGGUGGCGCACGCACGGCAUCCCAUACAGACACCCGUAUGGAUGGCGCGCGAGAGCUGCAGCUUGUACUGACACCGUGAGAGUGGCGCCCAUGCUGACUGUGCAUGCCCUCGGCUGCUCUACAGCUGGGGGGAGGCAGGGGCCAUCUUGUCACACACACCCCAGAGUGGCACCCGGGGCGGCACUGUUAGGAUCGUCCUACACUCGUUUAGGACCCUGGUAGAGACACAUGCCUGACUGGCAUGUUCUCUCCCUCCUGGUCAGUCAUUCAGGAGCUUCAAAAGCUUUCUCCUGCCCGAUCUUCACAGCGACUGAUACCAAGUAACAUCAGCACACUUACAGUAUUUGCAGUUCGCGUAACAGAACUCAAUAGCACAGCAUUUUGGCUAAUCUACUUUAUUUACAUAUAAUACACUUGGAGCAUUCUGCCUUAGCUUCUUCCUCUUUCUCAUCAGACAGCAAAGAGAGAAAGGACAAAAGACAACAGUCCCACUCCACGGAAUACAGUAAUAUAAACAUCCUGUCUCCGUCACUUCCCACUCUGUGGAGUGAAAACAUACACCGUUGUGUGAUAGACAACAAUCUCAUGACUGCAAACACAGAGCAAGAAUCCUAACAGGCCGGCCCCCUCCGCCCCCUACUUUGUACGCCCCUGCUUGUAGGACACCUGUCCUUCCCCAUAGCAGCUUCUGAGGUCUCCCACAGCUGCACAUGUGGUCCACACCUUUGCCACUUCCUGCCCUGUGCCUUGCCUCCCACUACCCACCCCCAGUCCUUAACAACACCCGGCAACACUUGGCUGUUGUCAGGGCAAAAUUCAGUGGGAAGAACCCUUAACUAUUUUCCCCAGUAUUGCUUCGUUUGGUCCCCAAUCGCGUCCCUAAACCAACCAGAGCACAACUGUUUGCGUCUUAGUUGAGCGUUUCUUAAGGAUGCCCCCAGCCACUUGUGUUGCUUGCUGUUGCUGCAGGUGAUUCCUUCCAGCCUUCCUUGAGGUCAGCAAGCAUGAGGGAAGGGGAAGUCAGGACAGGGAGGCAGGGGAGCAGCUUGGGAGCGCUCCGGAGAGUGUCAUCAGGUACGUUGCUUUGUGACUUUUGAUUUUUUGUGUUUGUGAGACAAAGAAAGGGGGGAAGAAGAAGAAGAAGAGUUUGGACUUGAUAUCCCACUUUAUCACUACCCAAAGGAGUCUCAAAGCGACUAACAUUCUCCUUUCCCUUCCUCCCCCACUACAAACACUCUGUGAGGUGAAUGGGGCCAAGAGACUUCAGAGAAGUGUGACUAGCCCAAGGUCACCCAGCAGCUGCAUGUGGAGGAGCGGGAAGCGACCCCGGUUCACCAGAUUACGAGUCUACUGCUCUUAACCACUACACCACACUGGCUCUCCUUUCCUUUCCCCCACCCACUUUUUUUUUUUUUUAAAGAAACCCUCCGACCUAUCCCUCUGUUUCCCCGACUUUCAUUUCCCUCUUCCCUCUGGUCUUUCUUCCUUUUCCCCUUCCCAGCCCAAGGGCUCUUCCCCCCUCCCAUCAACGUAUACAUGGGGUAUGUGGUUCAACCCUAUCUGGGCCUGCUCAGACGUAAGCUCUCCCGAGUAAAAUGUGGUUUAGUCCUGAGUAAACAUGUACAGUGGUACCUCGGGUUAAGUACUUAAUUUGUUCCGGAGGUCUGUUCUUAAACUGAAACUGUUCUUAACCUGAAGCACCACUUUAGCUAAUGGGGGCCGCCUGCUGCUGCCACUCCGCCGGAGCAAGAUUUCUCUUCUCAUCCUGAAGCAAAGUUCUUAACCCGAGGUACUAUUUCUGGGUUAGUGGAGUCUGUAACCUGAAGCGUAUGUAACCUGAAGCAUAUGUAACCAGAGGUACCACUGUAUAGGAUUUCACCCUUGUGCUUAGCUUCUUGGGCAAGUUGCUCACCCUCACCACUUUGCUCUUUGUAAAACGGGUUUUAGGGACUCUUUGGUUUGGUGAAUGUCCAUUUGGACAUCUGGAACACGUUGGUUAUGUUUCUGCAGCACGGUGGGUUCCCCCUCAGACCUCAGUGUUGGAGCAACAACUUCUCACAGAAACUGGGGACACUGAGUUUUUACUUCAAAGGUAGAAUUUGGAUGAGCAAACAGAAACCAGUCUAGUACAGUCAUACCUAGGGUUACAGACGCUUCGGGUUGCGCGCUUUCGGGCUGUGCACCGUGCUGAACCCGGAAGUACUGAAAUGGGUUACUUCCAGGUUUCGGCGCUUGCGCAUGCGCAGAAGCACUAAAUCGUGCUUUGCACAUGCGCAGAACUGCCGAAUCGCGACCCGUGCCUGCGCACACUCGGCGCUGUGAGUUGUGGACACUGCGGGUUGCGAACGUGCUUCCCGCACGGAUCACGUUCACAACCCACUGUACAAGGCUUCAAUGCAAAGUCUCUCUCUGUCUCUCUCUCUCUCAUGAGAGGGUGCAGUCCUUUAAGCACAAGAAAACUUGUAAAAGAAGGACACCUGUACUUUGCCUGUGGCAAUUUCCAAGGUCCUUUCCUGGUGGGCAUGAAGUCCACAUCUUGGUCACUUCCUUGAAUUUCCCGCGUUGUGCUUUGCCUCCUCACACCUUGCCUUUAACAACACUUUGCUGUUUCAAUGUAAACUUCCCUUAGGCAGGACCUCCUGGGAGGAACAUCAGUGUUGCUUUGGUUGAUCCCUGAUCAUUUCCCUCAGUCAACCAGAGCACAACUGUUACGUGUCUUACUUGGCCAUUUCUUAAGGAUGUCCCCACCUAAUCAUGUUCCUUGGUUCUGCAGUUGGCUCUGUCAUGCCCUCCUCAACACCAGAGAGCAUACAACAAGGUGAAAUGUGCAUUAUGAGGGAGAAGAGCAACUCGGGAAGACUUGGGAAGAUAGCAUCAGGUACGCUGCUUGGGGGCGGAUUCCCCCCCCCCCUAUUUGUGUGUGAGAGAGAGUGGGGGGGGAGAUUUUGCAGUCAAAUCUACGGUAAUACUGCACAUACUUACUAGUUCGCAUGUGAAUGAGUUAAGACCAUAGAGCUGUCUUGCUGAUAGACCACAGACCAUAGAAAUAUAAUUGGUAGAGAGGGCAGUGUGUGGUGUCAUUUCCCCUUCUCUCCUGAGGGGGAAGAAGCCAAUAAAUAUUUCCUGUUCCUUCUCUCUCUCUCUCUCUUCCUUCGACCAACAAUGGAGGCAGACAUGCCUCCACUUGCUCCAAAUUCUGGUGCAUGCCUGAAGCUGGUUUUGUUUUGUUUUUUAAAAAUACAAGUAUUAUCUUUAAUGCUGUUGCUGCUAACAAUGAGUAUAUGUUUUAAACUUACUUUUCAGUCUGUGGCCCGUUUUGUUUUGUUUUGAUAGACAGGGGAAACAAAGGAAGAGAUCAGCCUAACGGCUAAUUCCUGGCUAAUUCACAAUCUGUCCUUCCAGUGAGCACUCAGGGCUGAUUUCCUGAAGAAUGGAGAGGUUUGAUCUUCUUGCAGUCCAUAGGACUCUCAAGAGUCUCCUCCAGCAAAAAAAACCUGGAGCAGGAACCAGCAAGCCACUCCAGUAUCCCUGCCCAGAAAAUUCCAUGGACAAAGACAACAGGCAUAUAAAAAAACUAUAGGGUAUCACAAAAGAUAGAUGCACACAUGCACCUUGCCCUAUAAUUCAAACACUGACCCGGCUCCCCCUCUCUGUGUGUGUGUGUGAAUCUCUCUCUCUUACAGUAAAUAUAGUUUUGGAUCCAGAAACAGCAAAUCACUACCUCAUUCUCUCUGAAGACAGGAAGAGUGUGAGAUGUGGAGGGGAAAGGCAAAAUCUGCCCGACAGCCGAAAGAGAUUUGAUCCGAAGACCUACGUGCUGGGCAGCGAGAGAUUCCGUGCAGUAAGAAAAUGGUGGGAAGUGGAAGUUGGGGGAGAGAAAAAUGCCACAUGGGCUGUGGGGGUGGCACGCGAGUCCACCCCGAGGAAGGGACAGGUCAGCCUUCAACCUAGUGUAGGAAUCUGGGCUGUCGGGAAAGCCAUAGUUGGCUCACUGUAUGGACUUUGGGCUUUUACUGCCCCUGAGCGGACCCCUUUGCUCUUAAAUCAUGAGCUCAGGAAGAUCCGGGUGACUCUGGACUAUGAAAGGGGUUCUGUGGGAUUUUUUGAUGUCGAAGGAGAUGUCUUGAUCUUCACUUUCCCAGAAGCGUCCUUCUUUGGGGAGGAAAUCCGGCCCUUUUUCUUGGUCGGGCAAGGAGCUGAACUGAGCUGCUGA